AUGGAUGGUGGUGAUAUGAUUGAGGAGCCAAAAGUGGGGAUGAAGUUUGAUUCUUUUGAGGAAUUAAUGAGCUAUUAUAAACUAUAUGCUAAGAAAUGCAGGUUUGGAUCCAUGACACAAAAGAGUGAAAGGGAUGACGAAGGGAGUGUCAGAUAUGUCACUCUUGGUUGUGCCUGUGGGGGGAAAGCUUGGAAUAGGACAAUGAAUGUCGCCAAAUCACGACCGACAGGAAAGACUGACUAUAAGGCAAUGAUUAAUGCCUUAAAAGUUGGGGGAAAGAUGCGGUUGACCAUAGUUCAUAAUACCCACAAUCACGGGUUGAGUCCACAGAAAUCCCGUUUCUUCCGAUGUAAUCGCGAAGUUAGUGAUACUGUAAAAAGGGUACUAGAUACCAACGACCUAGUUGUCAUUCGAAUGAAUAAGAGUUUCGGAUCUCUUGUUGUGGGUGCGGGAGGAUUUGAAAACCUCCAAUUUUUCGAAAAAGAUUGUCGCAAUUACAUCGAUAAGGCAAAACAUUUACGACUUGGAGCUGGUGGUGCUGGAGCGCUUCGAGACUAUUUUUGUAGAAUGCAGUACAAGAACCCCGGCUUCUUUGCCUUGAUGGAUUUAGAUGAUGAUGAUGGGAGGUUAAAGAAUGUCUUUUGGGCAGAUCCACGCAGUAGGGCAGCUUAUCAAGAUUUUGGUGAUGUGAUAACAUUUGACACCACGUACUUGACAAACAGAUACAGGAUGCCCUUUGCUCCCUUUGUUGGUGUAAACCAUCAUGGGCAGUCGAUUCUCUUAGGAGCAGGGUUAAUUUCCAGUGAGAACAUAGAGACAUUUACAUGGUUAUUUCAGACUUGGCUGCAGUGUAUGGAUGGUAUAGCCCCGCCAGCUAUUAUUGCUGACCAAGACAGGGCAAUGAAAAAUGCAAUAGCCAUUGUAUUUCCAAAAACCCGACAUAGAUUUUGCCUCUAG